AUGGAUACAACUGCAGUGCAUCAUCCUGCUUAGAAAGAGAUAUCUCAAUAAAAAUUGAUUACAAUAUAAGGUACAUCUUCUCUACCCACUGAACAUAUUUAUAGAGUAAGGAAACAAUUGCAUCCACAAACUACUGGCAAUUAACUUCAUUUGAAUAAGACUUAAAAUUCUUUAAUCAACAGUGUCAAUAUCGAUUGUUUUUUGUGCAAUAAAAAUACUUCAAUGUAAACAAGCAGGUAUUGUGGAUGUUCAGAUCGACAAUUUCAUUUAAAUUGUUUAUUAAACCAUAUAAAUCAAGGUUUUAAAUAAGGAAAUGGCAUAAUGUAAUGUUCAUAUUGCAAUCUUUAUUAUCCUACUGAAGUUGAAUCUAAGUAGUCACUAUUAUUAUAAUUUAUUUAGAUUGUCAUUAUUAAAUUUGUCUAAAACUGAGCGAGUGAAAUAUUUUGUUGUGUUUUUUAUUCUUCUUACAAUAAUAGUAUUAGAAAUUUUGAUCACUUUUUUUCUAGAUUUAAAUACGAUUUUAUAUUUUCUAUUUGCAUUAUUAUGGACUAGUGAAUUAUUAAUUUUCUUACUUUUAAUAAGAAGAAUAUUCAUAUUAGCAAAUUUAGUUAAAUUUUCAUUCAAAGAAUAUAGGUUUGGUGAUGAGAUAAUAUAAUUUAUUUAUGCUCAAAAUUCAUUUAAAAUAAUUUAAGCUCUUUAGUUUGAUAAAGCUAAAAAAUUAUGUUUGAAUUGA